GUGGGAAUCCUGAGGUGGAAGCCAGCGAGUGGGAUGUGGUGGCCAGUCCCUGCUCAGCAGGACUCUGGCCCGGGUGACAGCUGCUGUGGCCUCAGGCCCUGCAAGCUUUCUUGCAAGAAACCCCUUUGAAAAGAAUUAAAGCCGGGCUGGAUGCAGCCCGCCUACCAGCACAACACUCGGGAGGCUGAGGCAGGAGGAACACAAGCCACAGACCAGCCUGGGUAACUGAGUGACUUAGCUAAGCCUCAAACUAAAAGACUAAAACAGUCCUGGGGCUGGAGCUCGCUGCAGAGGCCCUGGGUUCCAGCCCCAGCACUGAAAAUAAAUGGAUAUCCAAUGCCAGGGCAGCAGGAGACAGAAAGUGCAGUCGCGGCGGCGCUCCCUGGGUCCGGGCGCCCCAGUGGCGGAGUGCAGCUCUGCGCAGCAUCAGCAACACCUGCACUAUCGAGAAGGAGAUUGUGCGGCCUCAUGCUGGGGACAGCGGGGACCUUGGCCCCCGCCCGCCCACCCACCUCACGGCCAGGGUCGGCUGGGUUUUUCCAGGGUGGGCCACAGGGACCCCGCAGUGCCCCCAACACUGGGCUGCUACCUUUGGUCUCUGUCCAAGGCUGUGUCCCCGCCCAGGACACUCCCAAGGGACCUCUGCAGAGGGUGGAAAGUGACCAGUGGCAGCCAGGCAGGGGUCGCCUGAUGUUUCCACACUUCCCAGCCCUUCCCGAGAGCCGCCCGGCCCCCGCCACAGAUGGAAAAGCACACAGCUUUCUGCGGCCACCGCCGCCGCCGCCGACAGAGGACCAGGCACUGAGGAAGGGGCCAGGCCUGGCCCAGCACAGCUGCCAGCCCCAGCCUUGGCCAAGGGCCAGUCGGGCGGGUUAUGCCCUGGACAGCUGUGUACACACUCACGACCCUGGACCUCAGUUUCCCCGCUGUGAACAGUGUCCUCCCACCUAAGCCCCAGCCCAGCAGGAGGCUGCACAGAAGGGUGGGGACAGGACGGCCCCUGCUGAGUCCCCACCCCCCCACACACCGUCACCUCCCCCAGAGCUGUCAGAGGAGACCUCCAUCCUGGCUUCCCAUCACGCAGGAGGCUGAGGCAGGAGGAUCAAGAGUUCAAGGCCAGCCUGGGCUACAGUGCCCAACCCUUCUUUAAAAAACCAACCAAGCAAGAUGUUCCCUGUGCAGCCCAGAGGCAGGAAGGAAGCCGAAGCCUUCGCGCAGGACCAGAGCUGGCCCCACCGGAUGCCUGGGUCUUUCCACGCGCUGCUUUCCUGCUCGAAUAUGAGCUUGGAGCUGGAUGGAUGAAAUCUUGGGGACAGCUGCUGGACCUCCUCAGGUGACAGCCAGAACACUCCAGGCCAGAAGACCCGGGCCACCACCUUAGCAGCAGUCCUGAGACCAGCGUGGAGGGCGUGGGCUGCCGGGAUCCCGUCCCCUCCACAGGAUGUGCCCCGUGACCCAGACCCUGUGCAGGUGCAGACAGCCCUGGCCGUGGCUGGGGUGGGAGGGAUGGAAACAGAGGCUGGCCAGGGUGGGGCCACAAGCCGCAGGUCACCCCGUCUGUCUCUUUAAGAGAAGGGGGAGCGCGCGCCCCUCAGCCACCCUGUCCUGUCCUCCAUCCUGGCUGCAUCCAAACUCAAAAGGGAAAAUGAAAGAGGGACCGGGAAGGACAGGGCCCAGCCGGCGUCCCCGCUCCCGCGCUGCGCCUUGAAGGCCUAGAGCCGGCCCAGGGCCCAGGCCGCGCCAUGGCCGAGUGGGCCUUCCUGGGCUCGCUGCUGGACGCCGUGCAGCUGCAGUCGCCGCUGCUGGGCCGCCUGUGGCUGGUGGUCAUGCUCAUCUUCCGCAUCCUGGUGCUGGCCACGGUGGGCGGCGCCGUGUUCGAGGACGAGCAGGAGGAGUUCGUGUGCAACACGCUGCAGCCCGGCUGCCGCCAGACCUGCUACGACCGCGCCUUCCCGGUGUCGCACUACCGCUUCUGGCUCUUCCACAUCCUGCUGCUGUCGGCGCCGCCCGUGCUCUUCGUCAUCUACGCCCGGCACCAGGCGGGCAAGCAGGCGGGGCCGGCGGGGACGGCGGGGACGGCGGGGACGGCCGGGCGGCCGAGCCCCCGCGCGCGCCGCUGCUACCUGCUGAGCGUGGCGCUGCGCCUGGGCGCCGAGGUGGCCUCGCUGGGCGGCCAGGCGCUGCUCUACGGCUUCCGCGUGGCCCCGCGCUUCGCCUGCAGCGGCGCCCCGUGCCCGCACACGGUCGACUGCUUCGUGAGCCGCCCCACCGAGAAGACGGUGUUCGUGCUCUUCUACUUCGCCGUGGGGCUGCUGUCCGCGCUGCUCAGCGUGGCCGAGCUCGGCCACCUGCUGUGGAAAGGCCGCGCGCGCGCGGGGGACGGCGACCCGGGGGACACGCGCAGGCUGCUCUCGCCGCCCCGCGCCGCGCGGAGCCCCCCUAAAGCGGCUGCCGGCAGCCGGACCGGCCACCCGUUCCCUCUGGCUCCCGGCCCAGUGGUGCGCUUCUGCUUCCUGCCCUGCCACUCAGGCGUGCUGGGCUUUGCCUGGCCAGUCCUCCUCCCUGCAGCCGCAGCUCCGUGA